GCGAGGAAGCAAAGGGCGACCAGACGCUACGUGUCAACCCGGCUGCGCCUUGUCGCGCUGAAUGCCAGCAAAUAAGUUCGGCCCUUCCAGAGAGCCAGGGCGGGAGAGGGAGUUAGACUCUGACCGUGCAAACUUUGCGCCGCGCUCUCCGCCCGUGGAGGCUGCUGCCCGGCUCCUGCCUUAGGUCUGCGGCGGGCAAGGCGAUGGCCGGCGGGGAGUACAAGCUGCUGCUCGAAGGCGCUCAGCAAGUGGUGCUUGUUUGCACCCAAGGCGAGCAGUAUCUCCUGGAGGCCGGCAUGCAGCAGGUGGCCGUGCGGGAAAACGCCAGCGUGGUGGUCGGCAAAGAUGGGUGUAUAAAGGCAGUCGGUGAUGCAAAGGCCAUUCGUGAGCAAUUCUCCGGAGUAACUUUUGAAAAAAUAAUUGAUUGUUCAGGGAAGUGCAUUUUACCAGGUCUAGUAGAUGCACACACACAUCCUGUAUGGGCUGGUGACAGGGUUCAUGAAUUUGCAAUGAAGUUGGCAGGUGCUUCCUAUAUGGAUAUUCAUCAAGCUGGAGGAGGAAUACAUUUCACUGUGGAGCAGACUCAGAAAGCCCAAGAAGAUGAGCUCCUCAAAAGUUUCAAAAUCCGGCUGUUACGGAUGCUCAGAGCAGGCACCACUUUGGUUGAAUGCAAAAGUGGAUAUGGUUUAAACCUAGAAACAGAAAUUAAGAUGCUCAGAGUCAUUGAACAGGCUAAAAGGGAAUUGGACAUUGGUAUUUCUUCUACUUACUGUGGAGCCCAUGCAGUACCUAAAGGGAAAAAUGCUAUAGAAGCUGCUAAUGACAUUAUCAACACUCAUCUUCCUAAACUGAAGGAACUUGACCUUAAUGAUGAAAUACAUAUUGACAAUAUAGAUGUCUUCUGUGAGAAGGGUGUCUUUGAUCUGAGUUCUACCAGAAGAAUUCUUCAGGCGGGAAAAGCUGUAGGGUUACACAUGAACUUCCAUGGGGAUGAGCUGCAUCCAAUGAAAUGUGCUGAGCUUGGAGCUGAACUGGGAGCACAAGCUGUAAGUCACCUAGAAGAAAUUAGUGAUGAAGGCAUUGUUGCCAUGGCCCAGGCAAAAUGUGCAGCUGUCCUAUUGCCAACCACUGCCUACAUCCUGAGAUUGAAACAGCCUCAAGCUAGAAAAAUGUUGAAAGAGGGAGUAAUUGUGGCUCUUGGCAGUGAUUUUAAUCCAAAUGCUUACUGCUGUUCUAUGCUGAUGGUCAUGCAUUUAGCCUGUGUAAACAUGAUGAUGUCCAUGAAAGAAGCCUUAGCUGCUGCCACCAUUAAUGCUGCUUAUGCUCUUGGGAGAUCUCACACCCAUGGUUCUAUUGAAAAAGGCAAACAGGGAGAUCUCAUUAUCAUUAACUCUCCAAGGUGGGAACAUUUAAUCUAUCAGUUCGGCGGCCAUCAAGAAUUGAUUGAGUAUGUAAUUAUUAAAGGAAACAUAGUUUACAAAAAUGACAGCAUUUUGGAAUACUAGAUAUACUCUAUAAGAAUAAAUACAACAGUUUCCAGACCUCCAAAGUGCACACAGAACAGUGAUCAGCAAGAUCUCACAUUUAUGUAAAACCUGAAUGUCAUGCCUGUUUACUGUAUGCAACUCCAGGAUUUAACCAAUUUUCAUUUCUAUUUUUUAAUGAAAAAUAAUGGAUAAUUUUACUUUUACACUGAAAGUUUCUCAGCAAAUUAUGAAAUAAAUUGGUGCAUGUCUAA